UCUCCUCACGCGGUACGAAUCCGUGUCAGCGAAUGCAUUAUUGCUUGGUAAAUGUAGCUAUAAUAUGACUGCGACGUUCAAUAGUUUUGGAAACGGAGCAUCAAAUAUCCGCCAUUUGUUUUUCAAAGUGCUUACGAAUAAUAGACGAUUUGGCAUAAUGUCUCAGUCGUUAGAUGCGUUGGAUGAUGUGGAUAUCGACAUUCAUGGGAAAUUCAAGUAUAUUUUGGCAAAAGUAGAGGACAAAGACAAGAAUGUAAGCAAAUUUAUCGUCCGGGGAUAUAUCGGGGCAAGAUGGCAUGCCGACAUUUACGACAUGUUUUCCGACGAGUGGGCGGGGAGCCGUAGCCUGUACGCGAAGUGCGUGGGUGGCGGAAGAAUCAUCCACGACUGCCACAAAAAGACCAUACACGUCUACGGAGACUCGCAGGGAUUCGGGAAGGCGGAUCACGAGAUGUCCGCGGACAUUCUGAAGAAGAAAUUCACCGAUUACAAGAUCACUUGGUCAAACGAGGGAUAUUGAAAUGAACGGAACAAAUAUUCUACGCUUCUGAUAUUACUCUUUCGAGUAGAAAGCUAC